UGAGCUAUAUUUAUUAUAAAUCACAGGUGAAAUAUAUGAGGACACAGAAAUGGCCUUUAAGAAACCAUAAUUUAUAGUUUUAAAUCUGCAGUUAAGAUGGAAAUCUGCGAACGCUUUGAGUUUAAUCCUACAUUAAGUAAAAAUGCAUACACCAAAUAAUUUACUCAGGUGCAGAGUGUUAUAGUCACAUGAAUAUACAUAGCAGCUUGGAUGAGAUUAUUCAAACUAUAGAUAAUAUAAUAAUUACACAAAUAAUAAUACAUUUGUUUGUUUUCUUGGUUUUUAUAUUAAAUUAUCAAUAGAGAGGAGAGACAAUCAGCCAUUCAAGAUCAGCAACUCCUGAGAUGGGUAACACAGAGCUCCUGCAUCCACGACCUACUGAGGAUGUUGGCAGUCAUACUCAGCAGUCAACAAGAAGGCAUGGAUCUGAAGAUGACUGUUUAACGCCUGUGCCAAAUCAAGAUGCAGACCUGUUGUUAAGUGAUGUCUCAGAUUCCGCUCUUAAUCCUGCCAUUCCACAAUCUCUUGAGGACUCUGAAGUGAAGUUUGGACCCACUGUUGGUGAUGAUAGUGAUACUCAAGACACCACUCUUCCCUGGAAUCCAGAUGACUUGAGCAGCAUGCAGCAUUCUACAAUCAAUGAUGGUCCUGUAUCAUCAAGCAGUCUUCCAGCAUCACCAGAUCCAUUUGACCAAGAAAUCCUUAUUUUGAAAUUAAGACGAGUAAACAUAGUUGAUGAUGUCCUUAAUGUCUUCAUGGAUCCAAAAGUACUGAAUGCUAGUCUAAGAAUGGAGUUUACAAAUGAGAAAGCUAUGGACAGUGAUGGUGUGUCAAGAGAGGCGUACUCUGCAUUCUGGGACCACUUCUUGGACCAGUGUGAGGGGGAAGAUGAACGAGUACCCAGGCUACGACCAGACUAUUCUGAGAAGAAAUGGCAAGCUCUCGGAAGAGUGUGGUUGAAAGGAUACCUGGACCACAAAAUCCUACCAAUCAGACUGUCACCAGCCUUUGUUCUUGCUUGUUGUAAAGGAGUUAGCUCAGUGGAUGAAGAACUAUUGAUGAUGUCAUUUGCCAGAUUUCUUUCAGAGAAUGAGCGUGUGUCGCUUGAAAAAGCACUACAGGGUACCAUUGAUGAAACUGUUGAGGAGGACUUACUUGAUGUCUUCUCCAGAAUGGGCUCACACUGCCUUCCCCCUAAAAACAAUUUACGGGCUGCUAUUUUAACAAUGGCACACAAAGCUCUUCUUCAAGAGCCAAAGUUCAUAAUUGAUUGUUUCCACUCCAGUGUUCAUAAUGCUAUGCCAAUGCUCAUAACCAAAGACAACAUAAUGGAGCUAUAUGAAUCUAAGAGGCCAACUAACAAGAAAGUGGCCCAGAUGAUAAAACCAUCAUUUGAAAGCCUAAAUCCACAAGAGCAGACUGCUCUUAACCACCUGCUACGGUAUGUGAGAAGCAUCGACCAAAGAAAAUUGGAGAUCUUCUUACGCUUCUGCACAGGAUCUACUGUGCUGUGCAAAGACACAAUUGAAGUAAUUUUUAACACAUUGUGUGGUUUAAGUCGCAGGCCUGUAGCACACACGUGUGGAGCAGUUCUUGAGUUACCAUGCACUUACAGCACAUACCCUGAGUUUCGCAAAGAAUUUGAUAAUGUCUUGUCUGGCGACUGCUUCACAAUGGAUAUUGUGUAGUGAAUGGAAAGCACAUCUAUCUUCUACACUGAGGUUAUUAUGGCAUUUGUCUGAUGCAAAACUGUUUCUACAGAUUUCCAUUUAUUGUUCUUAUUAAAACAGAGACCGUUUACAUUUCUUAAAUUGUUUUAUUUUCUUAUUUUUUCUUUAAAUUGUUAGUACAUUGAGAUUCAAUUUUUUUCCACAAGACAGUUUAAGUUUAAUAAUUUUGAUAAGUCAGCAGGGUCUGUUCUCAUAGGUGAAAGUCCCCUUUUGUACAAAUAUUACAUUUUCUCAUGUGCAUCUUUUAUACAAUUGUGACUCUGAAUGAUGUUCAGAAUUUUUGUCAUCAUUCAACAAAGAAAUUCCUGUUCAAUGCAAGUACAAUACAUUUCAUAUGGUUGUUAAGUUCUGUUGAUUUCCUCUUUCAUGUCCUGCUUUGUUUCUCUUUGUAGUCAGUGUGGAUAUAGUGACAUAUCAAUCCUAUUUGCACCUCAGUUUUGCUGCAAAAUGUUCUUAAUGUUUGUGGCAUAGCACUGUUCAAGUGUAGUCAGUGUGGACAUGUUGUAGCCCUGAAUAAUCUGAAUAAAAUUUAAUCUCAAAUUAGA